AUGGAAGAUAAACAAAUAUUACCAUCAUAUUUAGAAAAAGUAAUUUUAUCAUUUUUAGUAAAUGAAAUUAAUAUACACAAUAAAGAAAUACCAAACUUUUCUGGAGAUUUUGAUAAAAUAUUAGAUAAAGAUAUAGAAAUUGGAGAAUUAGUUAAAUCAUUAUCCCUUGUGAAUUGGCAUUGGUUCAACUCAGUCUCUUCAUUAUUAAAUGUAUCAGUAGAUUUCACACACUCUUCAGAUUUAGAAGGUAGUGUAUAUGAAAGUUUGAUCAAUAGAGAUAUCACUUCCAACACCUCAAGUAAAUUUAAAUUAAUAAAAAAUGAAAACAUCAAUUAUUUAAGACUAAACUUUAGUGAAUGCCAAAUAGAAUCGUUAUCAGAAGAUCAACAAUUUAAACUAUUAAAUGUGGUUAAUACCAAUACAAGUGGUUUUAAAAAUUUAAAAAAAUUAAUAAUUUCAAAUGGUUCCUCAGAUCAGGAUAUCUAUUUAAUAAAUAAAAUUAAUUUUGAUAAUAUUAAAAUAGGCUUUUUGUUUUUAAAUAUGAACCCCGAAGAGGGCAAAGAGGAUGAACCAUUGAUUUCGACCAACAUCAAAGAGAUUGCAGAUCUUGAAGGCACCGAUCAAUCACUCAAUAGUUUAAUACCAGUUUUCAAGCAAUUAAAGAAAGUCCGUUCGUUAAUAUUCGAUUGUUUUAAUAUAGAUUCGUAUAGACAGCUUUAUAUCAGUUUGUGCUGCGAUGGAGAUGAAAAUAAACUAUCAGGACCCAAUGGAGAUAAUAUUGUCAACAGCAGUUGUUUAUCAUACAUCCAAAAUAUAGCUAUAAACAAUAGCCAAGUCCAAACAAUAGAGUCAUUAUACUUUAUUCUAAAGUUGUUACCAAAAAUGAAGACAAUUUCAUUCAAGAUAUGCUUUGAUAACUUGAUUAAACAAAUGGACACAACUGGUACUCGUAAGGGAUGCAUCUGUAGUAGAGAGGACAAAUGUAAUGAAUUUUUCGAUCAUUAUUGGAACGGCAUUUCAAAAAUGAUUCAAGAGCAUCAACAUCUUAUUAGAUUAGAGAUUGGUCAACACUGUACUUAUCCAAUAGCAUAUGCAGAACCCUUCAGACUACCAACUGAUUUUGUAAACAAGUUUGGUUUGGCUAUUGGUAACAAUAAGUCAAUUAAAUCUUUUAGAACCUCUCACCUUCCAUCCAGUAGCAUCAAUUUAAUUGAGUUCAUAUCUGGAAUGAACCAAACAAUAGUAUAUCACAGUCAUGUAUUCCUCAAUAUGUCAGGUCCUCCUCCAGAAGAAUAUGUAAAAGAUUUCAAUGAUCUUGUAGAAAAAUAUAAACAUAUUAAAAUGUUUUUAAUUGAUGAUGCUUUUACAAAUUCUGAAGUAUUAACAUAUAAUAAUUAA